AUGGAAGUUGACGGGGACAACAAGGGCGACAACAACACUUCAUCUACCGCCUCAUCUGCUGCUGCUGCUGCCAACAGGCCCAUGAGCUGGGGAGAUUUUGGUCGAAUCGCGGAGCACAAUGCGACGCAAACGUUGACGGCAAUCGCGGAGAUGCAGCGGACGGCGGCGCCGAAUCAAGACACGAGCGACAUCCCCCUGGCCACGACAUCAGCCCAGAUCAACAGUAUCCAUCGUGUCCUCAACAUUCCGCAUCUCAUGGAGCAGAUCGUGUCCAACGUCGUCGAUUUGAAGAGCCGCGCCGCGCUGGACCACGUGAGCCGACAGUUCCACCAUCUCUCCCGGAAGACCCCGUUCGCAUUCCCGCUGUACCCGGAGACGUUGCGCCUCACUUUUCGGCACUGGUUCAGCGCGGCGUUGACGGUGGGCAUUGGGACGAUUGAGAUGACGUCGCGGGUCGAUGCCCUCACCCAGAAUUCCCGAGGCGAUUAUCCCGUCGGCCAGCAGCCCCCCGAAAUAAUGACGCUGAUCGACCGUAUCGUGUCUCGCGUGGGCCCGCAGCACAUCCACCGUCUGCAGAUUGGCGUCAUCUCGGAGGAGGACAGCGCCCGCGGCGUGCUCGGCCAUUUGCUGCUCUGCACGGCGGGCCUGCUGCAGUACAUUGACGAGCGUCUGCCCGCCGUCACGGCCAUCGACUUUGCCAACUGCGUCUUCGACCACGGCGCCAGCCAGUACUUGCUCUCCCCGGCGUGCAAAUUCCCGCAUCGGCUGGCCCACCUGAGCUUCAACCGGUGCUCCUUCGACCAGACGACGCCCAACAUUGUCGAGCUGGCCAUGAGGAAGCUGAUCACCCGCCGGCUGCGCACGUUCUCGAUCAACAUGUUCAGUCUGACGUCGCAGGGCGAGGGAUUUCUUGUGGCCCUGGAGACGCUCUACCAUCGUCUCGACACCCUCGACGUCUUCAUCGACGAGCAGGCAUUCAGCACCGAGGUGACGGCAGCAGACGGCUGGGUGUUCCUGAAACGAUGCGCCGAACGGGCAAAGGAUCUCCGUCUACAUUUCCGGAAGGGCGACCCUCGCCACAGCCCCAAGCUGUUCGCCGUCGCCCGCGACUGCUUCCAGUUCAGCAAGCUGUCCGAACUCGACAUUGGCCUGCCGGUGCAAAGCCAAGAAGAACUUGACAAUCUCGAGGCACUCGUCAAAGGUCUCUACUGGAUGCGGCUGAAAUCGUUCGACUUUGGCGGCUUUUCCUAUCGACUCGCCGGGCCAAAGUGCAAAACCAUUCUCAAGGCCCUAGCCGCCAACCUGCACCAGCAGAACACCCUCGAGAAGUUCAGCAUCUCGUCGAUAGCCCGCGAAUACGAACAGUUGGUUGGUGAUGUUCUUGACGCCCUCCCCUCUACCGUCACCCAUCUCAAGAUCCAGGGCAUCAACGUGCGCGACUCGAAGAUGACCGACGUCGUCGAGCGUCUGCCGGGCCUGAAGACGUUCAUCUUCAACGAGUUGCCCCGCGUGACGCCGCUGUUCGUCUACAACCUCCUCAAGAAGCUCACCCCGCCCAAGCUGAACACCGUCGAGACUGAUGUAGUGUGCCGACCGGAGAUCCUUCAUUUCAUCACGGACUACUAUCGAAUGCCAGAUCUUCAACAUGUCAUCCUGCAUACCGAUCAUUACCCAGGGGAAUUGAUCGAUAUUCUCGCACGAAACUAUCGCUCAUAUAUGGUCGACACCGUCGGAUUGCCCAAGUUCCGUACAGCGUACAUGAUCACGUGCCAUUGGCGUCGAGCGGAUGCCCCACCACCCGAUCGCCGAUCUAUCCUCGACACGAAGCACCCACAUGUGAAGCCGCAGCGCGGGUCAAAACGUGGCGAGCUGCGCGAAUGGCCAGCCUACGGGAAUGAU